AUGGCGAGCUAUGGAUUGGUUUUUAGCAUCUCAGAUAACUAUGGUGAGCCUCCACCCGCAUUAAAGCUUUCAGAACUGCUUACUGAAGUACGCUACGAAUUAUGGUAUUUGAACAGGAACAUGUGUAUUGCCAUUGUCAUUGCUUUUCAAUCUACGAAGACAUUGUCAGCUAAAAAGCGACAGGAGAAGUAUCGCCGCCAAACACGAUCACAAUCAAAUUCUUCCUUUCGGGAUUAA